UAUUACCCGAAACCAGCAAUACAAUUUAGCAGUCCCGAGCCACUGGAGUAUUGGAAUUUAUUACCCAAAACUACAAAAACCUUGUCUCACACUGGCAUGGCUGGCUCACCCAGAAAAUGAGAAGACGAAACGUCUGAUAAGUACUAGGUACCGAUGAACCAUUCCAGUUCCAUGUUAUCUCCUGUUGCAGGGUGCUCAGCUUUGCCGCCAAACUCAGGUACAAAGCCCAAAAACACUCCAAACAGAAGAAGACACUUCAUCUCUCUUCUACAAAAUUGCAAACACAAUAGCGAAAUCCCACCAAUCCAUGCUAAAAUCAUAAGGAACCACCAUCACCAAGACCCCUUUGUUGUGUUCGAGCUGCUUCGUGUUUGCUCCAAUCUAAACUCCAUUGGUUACGCGUCCAAGAUCUUCUCUCACACUCAAAACCCAAACGUCUAUCUUUACACUGCUUUAAUUGAUGGGCUGGUGUUAUCUUGCUAUUACACUGACGGGAUUCAUUUAUAUUAUCAAAUGAUCAAUUCAUCACUUGUGCCCGAUAGCUAUGCGGUCACUUCGGUUUUAAAAGCUUGUGGGUGCCACUUGGCUUUGAAAGAAGGUAGAGAGGUUCAUUCCCAGGUCUUGAAACUGGGUUUAAGUUCAAAUAGAUCGAUAAGAAUUAAACUAAUUGAACUUUAUGGGAAAUGCGGAGCUUUUGAAGAUGCAAGGCGGGUUUUCGAUGAAAUGCCUGAAAGAGAUGUUGUUGCGUCGACUGUCAUGAUAAACUAUUACUUUGAUCAUGGGUUGGUUCAUGACGCCACUAGUGUGUUUAGUUUGAUCAGGAUUAAGGAUACGGUUUGUUGGACUGCGAUGAUUGAUGGGCUGGUUAGGAAUGGAGAGAGCAAUAGAGCUCUAGAGGUGUUUAGAAAUAUGCAAAGGGAGGAUGUCAUGCCUAAUGAAGUUACUAUCGUUUGUGUUUUAUCUGCUUGUUCGGAAUUGGGUGCUUUGCAGCUUGGAAGAUGGGUGCGCUCUUAUAUGGACAAGCAUCGCAUUGAGCUCAACCAUUUUGUUGGGGGUGCUUUAAUCAAUAUGUAUUCCAGGUGCGGUGAUAUAGAUGAGGCGCAAAGGGUUUUUGAACAAAUGAAGGAGAAAAAUGUCAUCACUUAUAAUUCUAUGAUAAUGGGGUUUGCGCUGCACGGGAAGAGCGUUGAAGCCGUUGAGUUGUUUAGGGGAUUGAUAAAGCAAGGUUUUACCCCAAGUAGUGUCACUUUUGUUGGUGUGUUGAAUGCUUGUAGUCAUGGGGGUUUGGCUGAGUUGGGAUUCGAAAUCUUCCACUCUAUGGCUAAAGAUUAUGGGAUUGAACCACAAAUUGAGCAUUAUGGGUGUAUGGUUGAUCUUCUUGGUCGCCUAGGUCGGCUUGAAGAGGCAUACAGUUUUAUUAGAAUGAUGAAAGUAGCACCUGAUCAUGUCAUGCUAGGAGCUUUAUUAAGUGCUUGUAAGAUUCACGGAAACCUGGAAUUAGCAGAACGGGUUGCAAAAAGUUUGGUGGCUUGCAAAAAUGCAGAUUCUGGAACUUAUAUUUUGCUAUCAAAUGCGUACUCUUCAUCAGGGAAAUGGAAAGAGGCUGCUGAAGUAAGAACAAAUAUGAGGGAGGAGGGAAUAGAAAAGGAACCAGGGUGUAGUUCCAUUGAAGUGAACAAUGAAAUUCACGAGUUCCUUCUGGGAGACCUCAGACACCCCCAAAAGGAAAAGAUCUACAAAAAGUUGGAGGAGUUGAACCAAAUAUUAAGAUUAGAAGGAUAUACUCCAGCAACAGAGGUCGUGCUGCAUGAUAUUGAGAAAUCAGAAAAAGAAUGGGCUUUAGCAAUACAUAGUGAGAGGCUUGCUAUCUGUUAUGGACUAAUCUCAACCAAACCAUUGACUACAUUAAGAGUUGUGAAAAAUUUGAGGGUAUGCAAUGACUGUCACUUAACGAUCAAGCUCAUUUCAAAUAUUACAAGGAGAAAAAUAGUGGUGAGGGAUCGCAAUAGAUUUCACCAUUUUGAAAAUGGAGUUUGUUCUUGUGGGGACUAUUGGUGAGAUGAAGAUUAUAAAGGUCUAUAAAUGAUGUUAUUAUGCAUUGUAACUUUUUCAUUCUUCUCCUCCUCCUCCGGAAAGGAAAAAAAAAAGAAUUCUUGUCCUAAAAUGUUAGUUUAUUUGGUUAAUGAUUACUAUAAUUCCUGAGAAUGAGAAAGGGUGAUGCAGGUUCGAGUUUUAUUCUGAACUUUCAGCCAUGCCUCCUGGUUUCUUGUGUAGGAUUGCUCAUAACUAGACUUUUUGGAUUACCAGAGUUUUCUCCUUAUUUGGAUGUGCCAUUUGUAAAAAUAUUUGGUUUGUGUUAGUCAAGAACAUGUUCGCCGUCGUAAUGUUGUUCAAUGUAGGAUUUGAGUUUGGAAAA